AUAUUUUUACCACCUCAAGUAAUAAGAGUUUUGUGACGUUCAACAUUAUAUAUCCUUUUGGCUCCUUCUCUACCUUCUUUAUUAAUGCAUAUAUAAAUAUAAUGGGUGAUAUGUGUUCAUCCAAUAACUGGUUAACCACGAUGAACCGCAGGAUUGAUGUUCUUUUUGGUUCUACAUAUAUUCAUAUCUGCAGUAGGAAAAAAUGAUUAAAGUGUUAUAAGAAAUCAGCGGAAAAUAUUUCUAUAUUAAGUGGACAAAUCCUAGUAUUACUUCAAAAUGGGGAUGGACCGCAUUUUGAAGGGGAUCAUGCAGUAUCGGCAAACUGUUCGGUCAAAUUUAGUCCAAGAAUUUCAACGCGUGCGAGAUCACCCUGAGCCAAAGGCCGUCUUUUUCACAUGUAUGGAUUCCAGAAUGCUACCUACACGAUUUACGCAAACCCAUGUUGGGGAUAUGUUCAUUGUUCGAAACGCUGGUAAUCUUAUUCCUCAUUCAAAGUUCUUUGCAACUGAGAAUACCUCUACCGAACCUGCAGCCCUGGAACUAGGUUGUAUUAUAAAUGAAAUUAAGCAUGUCAUCGUCUGUGGACAUUCAGACUGCAAAGCAAUGAACCUCUUGUACGACCUGGGAACGGAUAAGGAAAUGUCCACGAUAGAGAAUCAAGUCAAGUCACCCUUGCGAGGAUGGCUAUGUAAUCAUGGGUCAGAUUCCUACGACAAAUUCAAGCAAUUAGAGACUAGAGGAUUUAAAAUGCCAUUGCUAUUCACUGCUGAAACCCCCAUGAAGCAAUUUGUCGCCUAUAUCGAUCCUAAAAAUAAAUUCAGUGUUCAAGAUAAACUUAGUCAGGUAAAUUGCCUUCAACAACUCCAAAACAUUGCCAGUUAUGGAUUUCUAAGAGAAGGGCUCGCAUCUGGAAAGAUUUUUAUUCACGCCCUGUGGUUCGACAUUUACACGGGAGACAUUUAUUAUUUUAGUAGACAAAAGAAAGAAUUCGUCGAUAUUAAUGAAACAACUUUUCCAAAAUUGCUGGAAGAGGUGUCUGAAUUUUAUUAUCACUAGUUAGCGAACGCCAUAGAUAAAAGUAUUAUUGUGUAUAUAUGUAAUUUAAACAAAAUCUUAGCAUUCCUAUAUAUUUUGUCUAUUAUGCAUAUGCAAGGAAGGGUCUUCCAGUACUUAACAUUGUAUGUGUGCUUUCGAAAAAGAUGAUAACGUAGAUUUUAACAAAAAUGCCCAUGACCUAGAUAAAUUCUAUAUAGGCCAUUCGUCAAAGUAUUUUGUGAUAAUAAGAAGAGAAGAACUAUGUAGCAUGCAAUGAAUUUAUACACGUAAUAAAAAUCGGACAUUUAACAAAUUA